AUGGAGGAACAGCAAGAACCCGCAGCAGGAGAGACGUUGUCCGAGUCGUCGCCAUGUCCCAUGGAUCAUCCAUGGACUUUCACGUCAAGUGUCACGUCGUUUGUAACCUCCACCUCGAGUUAUUUCCGAGUGUAUAUCCCCAGUAUGGAAGACAGUGUCAAGUUCUCGGGUGGUGCUAUUGCAGCUUUGGUAGCAAUGCGUUACGCGAAAAGUGUCCAUUCUGCUGGUCUUGUUGGCCUCUUGUCUGGACUAUUUGCACAUUCAUUUUAUGCCGAUGUUUUACGCAAGAAACGACGACGACGGGGUGAUAAAUGGCAAGAAAUAAAUGAGAAAAACGAGACGGAAGAGAGAGAGGAAGAGAUUUCUUUUUAG